UAUCGGAUAUAAAACCAAAAAUAUAUUAUUUAUCGGUAUCCGCAAUCGAUAUUGUUUAAUAUGCCAAAGAGCAAAAAAUACGAAUGUCGCUAUACAAGAACAUGUUUGUUUUAUGAACUGGAAUAAAGCUGCUACAGCAAUGGAAGCAGAUGCCGUUGCAGAAGGUUUCAAAAGAAGCAUUGAAUUACACGGAUUGAAAUUUAAUAAAUUAAUUGGCGACGGUGAUUCAAGUGUCAGUAAAAGAUUGACAGAAACAAGACCUUAUGGACCUAAUUUUAUUAUUGAAAAAAUUGAAUGCCGAAAUCACUUAUUAAGAAAUUAUGGUACAAAGUUAGCGGCAAUUGGUAAAAACACAAAAUAUCCAAUACAUCUCAGAAAACAUAUAUUAAAUAAUGCGAAGAGAUUUAGAACUGCUAUUACGAAAGCUAUUGAUUAUCGUAAUACAUUAAAUCAACAAAGCAAAUAUCAAAAAAUUUCAGGUUUACGCAAAGAUAUAUCAAAUAGUUUUUGUUAUAUUUUGGGUAAUCAUGAGCAAUGUGAAGAAUAUUUUUGCAAAGGUAAAAAAUUAAAUUAA